AUGGGUGGCAUCGGCAAAACUACUCUUGCCAGGAACGUUUAUGGUGAUCCAUUAACAGUAGGCCAUUUUGCGAUUCGUGUUUGGGUUACAAUAUCACAAGAUUACAGUGCACAGAGAAUUCUUUCUAGUCUUCUGGAGUCCUUGAAAGAAUACAACACAGGUGGAUUGGGACAAAGUGACUAUCAAAAAGUGCACAAAAUUUUAAUGGGCAGGAGAUAUUUAGUUGUGAUGGAUGAUAUGUGGAGUAGUGAGGCACGGGAUGUCGUCAGAUGGGUAUUUCCUGAUGAUGGCAACGGAAGUCGUGUUGUGCUAACCACAAGGCUGUAUGAUGUGGCUUCUUAUCCGGAUCCUUCGAACAGGCUUCAUGAAAUGAGCUUGUUGAAUGCAGAGCAGAGUUGGAAUUUGUUCAAGCAUAAGGUGUUUGCAGAUGAAGAAUGUCCUUCCUAUUUAGAAACUAUUGGUAAGGAGAUUGCAAGAAGCUGCAAAGGAUUGCCCCUCGCAGUCGUGGUGAUUGCGGGGCUUCUGUCCACAGUGAGUGAGGAUCCAAAUUCAUGGCAGAAGAUUGCAGAAAAGGUAACGUCUGCACAAACUGCAGUGCAUGACCAAAUUGAGGAGAUAUUGUCUUUGAGCUACGUCGAAUUACCUCAAUAUUUGAGGCCCUGCUUCUUGUACACGGCUUCCUUUCCGGAAGAUUAUCAGAUCCAUGUUGUGAAACUCAUUAGGUUGUGGGUAGCUGAGGGCAUUGUGAAAUAUCCAAGCGACUCUGACAGCUUUGAAGAGGUGGCUGAAGAGUGUUUGGAGGAACUUGUAAAGAGAAAUCUUGUUUUGGUCACAAAGAGGAAAUCUGAUGGCAGAAUCAAAAGUUGCUGUCUCCAUGAUCUGUUACGGGAGUUGUGCAUAAGAAAAGCUCGCGAAAGUAAGUUUUUCUUGAAUCUGAUGGAUAGGCAUAUUGAAAAGGAACAUUUUAUAGAAAGCAUAAAGGAAGAGCGUCGUGUAAGUGUUGAUACUUCUUAUCUAAAUUACCUUUCAAGCUAUGGUGCCUCAAUUAUCCGCUCCAUCAAAUGCUCCAAGUAUGAUAUAGUAAAAGUGGACUCUGUCGAGGGCGUUAGAUGGGUGAGGGUGUGGGAUGCUGAAUCUGCUGUUGUGGAGUCAUUUCCAUAUCAUCUAGUAAAACUGGACUUUGUCGAGGAUGUUAGAUUGCUGAAAGUGCUGGAUGCUGAACCUGCUGAUGUGAAAUCAUUGCCAACUCAACUAUUCCAGCUAUUUCAUUUAAGAUACCUUGCUAUUAGGUAUAGUCAGCAUAUUCCUAGAAUCUUAUCAAACCUUCAAAAUCUGCAAACCUUAAUCAUUCGCGAAGAGCGUUCCAAGUUUGGAGUUGUAGUAGCUUGUGAGAUACUGGUGCCGUGGUGCAUGCCACAAUUAAGACAUGUUUACUUUCACGGGGUAAUUUGUUUUGAAGAUCCCAAAGAAAGAAGUUGUGCUCUAGAAUAUCUGCAAACAGUUUCGUAUGUUGCGUGUAGUGAGCGGAUUCUGAAGAAGAUUCCAAACCUUAAAAAACUGAAGGUGGAUUGUUCUGGUGGUCGCGAUGCAGCCUGCUUGAGAGAUCUGGUACAUCUGCGUCGACUUGAGAAUUUGGAAGUAUAUGGUGGUCGUCGGGUUCUAUCUAGGCCCAAGUACUACAAUAUUACUUUUCCUGAUAAUCUCAAAAAGCUGACUUUGAGGAAUUCGGAAUUUCCUCAAAGUGCUGUUGGUCCGUUGCCUAAUCUUCAAGUGCUUAAACUAAAACGUUGUAGUUGCGACGGUGGCACAUGGGAAACAACUGAAGGAGCAUUUCCAGUGUUGGAAGUUCUUGUAAUUGAAGAUACAAGGUUGCAGAAUUGGAUAACUGAAAGUAGCCAUUUCCCCAUACUCAAACGCUUGAUGCUUCAUUCUUGUUGGGAUCUCAAUGGGAUCCCAAAUGAUAUUGGAGAAAUUCCAACUCUUGAACUCAUUGAGGUUACAGGUAAAGUGAAAAGGUCUCUAAUGGAGUCAGCUGAACUGAUACGUGAGGAACAAGAAGAUAUGGGAAACACCACCCUUCAAGUUCUCUGCAGUGCUAAGUAG